AUGGAACAGAAAGUGGUGCUAAGACGUUGGAAAACCCAGAGCCUCUGCCAUAUCCAAACGGUGAAAGAUUUAGCUGGCAUAGAAAAGACUGCAAAACAGGAUGCACCCCUAGGCCUUCGAUCCAUAAGGACGAAUAAACGUACCUCUGGCCUCAAAACACUUAAAUCGAGUAGGGAGGCUUCGACGACCGGUUACGCUUGA